GUCAGCUAGUAGUGCACAGAGAAUUGUCGAGAGUAAGUCAAAUCGGAGAAGCAGUCUGAUAGUAGCGAGCAGAGAGUCAGUAUUCCGGAGAACACCUUGAAGCCACACUGAAGGGCCCCUCCCUCACGCUCUUAUGUGCUACCAGACUUGCAUCACGCUUGCAACAGCUGUUUCAACUCUCCUCUGAUGAAGUCCUUCCUCCCUCUGGGACAGCUGGCCGGUACUGGGCUCUGAGGUGUGCGGCGGAUCUGCGUCGGGCCCGAGGAGCUCAGGACUGGCUAACACCUCGAAUCUUGCAACUUCUAGAGCACCCUGUUGGAGCAACCUUGCAGAGUUGGAAUUUAUAUGCAGGUCUGAUAGGAGCUAACAUGGGAAAAUGAGCAGGAACGGAAAACAGGAGGCCUCGGCAGCCGCCAAGGAGGAGUUUGUGGGCUUCUUCCCCCAAAUUGUCAGGGAUCUGACCGAAGACGAGCUCCAUAGCCCAGAAGUGGCUGACGCAGUUGCCAGACUAAAAGAAGUGAUAGAGUACAAUGCUGUAGGUGGGAAAUACAAUCGGGGUCUGACUGUCGUGUCUGCCUUCCGUGAGCUGGCCGGGCCGGGCCAACAGGAUCAGAAAAGUUUCCAGAGGGCUUUGGUUGUUGGCUGGUGCGUUGAGCUGCUGCAGGCGUUUUUCCUGGUGGCAGAUGACAUCAUGGACUCCUCACUCACACGCCGGGGCCACCCCUGCUGGUACAAAAAGGAAGGAAUUGGCUUGGAUGCCGUGAACGAUUCUUUCUUGAUCGAGUCCAGCGUCUACCGGCUGCUGAAGCGGUACUGCCGGGGCCAGCCCUUCUACCUCAACCUGCUGGAACUGUUUCUCCAGACUUCAUACCAGACUGAGUUAGGCCAGGCUUUGGACCUUAUUACUGCGCCCCAGUCCCAGGUGGAUCUGAACCGCUUCACAGAACAAAGGUACAAGACGAUUGUUAAAUACAAGACGGCGUUCUAUUCCUUCUACCUUCCAGUAGCUGCUGCUAUGUACAUGGUGGGCAUUGAUGGUGAAGAAGAUCACACUCAUGCCAGGGCCAUCCUGCUGGAAAUGGGGGAGUUCUUUCAGAUCCAGGAUGACUUCCUCGAUUGCUUCGGUGAUCCUGAUGUGACUGGCAAGAUUGGGACCGACAUCCAAGACAACAAGUGCAGUUGGCUGGUAGUCGAGUGUUUGAAACGGGCCUCGCCCGAGCAGAGGCAGCUUCUAGAGGAGAAUUAUGGACAGAAGGACAUGGACAAGGUUGCCCGUGUGAAACAGCUCUACGAGGAGCUGGGCCUGCAGUCUGUAUACCAGGAAUACGAGGAGAGCAGCUACCAGCGCCUGUCAGCCCUCAUUAGCCAGCAUGCCGUCCGCCUACCCAGCCAAAUUUUCCUUGGCCUGGCCCAGAAGAUCUACAAGAGGCAGAAGUGAACACCCAAUCGGUCAGCGAUGAAGCCUCCAUAUAGCUUCCUGUUUCAGCCAAAGCUUUGGAGCUCAGCUAGUGCAGUGGGGAGGGGAGUUUUAAGCUCUUGGGGUAAUCGAGAAGGGGGUGGAGAAAACCCCCAAACGGUGCUUCGUAGUCAGGAGGGGCAACUUUCCGUAGUAGCUCCGGAGCUGCUCUGUAAGCCUGAGACUACCCUGUAACUAGUCUGAGUUUUGUUGAGCUGUUAGAAAAUCCUCAGAAUGGAUCUCUUACGGAGGAUUCUCUUUACACUGGGAAUAUUACUGUUUUGAGAAUUCUUGGGAGGGCAGUAGAGGGGGGCGAGGACUUUAAAACUAGUUUUCAAUUUUUUUUUCCAAGACCUGACGUGAAAAGUGGCUAAAGGUGCUCCAAACUCCAUCUAGUUUUCCUUUGCUGGCCAGUGGGUUGGUCUCCAGUGGCCAUGCUGCUAUAUUCCUGAGCUGUGAUGGGUAUUUUCCCUGCAUUUUUUGCACAUUCUUAGAAACGGUAAUAACUACCUGGAGCACAGGAGCAUGUGUUUUUUACAUCAUGAAUGCCUACUGUCUUUCAUAGGAAUAAGCUGCCCUCCAGAAAGGGAUAUUUUCCCUAUUUCCUCUGGGAAGGGAAAAAGAGCUGGUGGGUUUCGUUUCUGUUUGCAUCUCUGCCUUGAUUUCCCGCUAGGUGCCAGCCUCCUUUUCCCCUCCUUUUUUGGGGGGUGCAGAGAGGAGCAGGUAUCCCUGAACAUAGCAGUCUUCUCCCCUCUUCAUUACAAGGUAAGCAUUGUUGAGUUGGGGGAGAGACGGCCUGCCCCUUUAAUCGCCCAUCUUGGCUAAGGAAGUUCCUCUGUCCAAAAACAGCAGAUUCUCUUCUCUGGACUUCAGUGGCUGGGCGUGAAAUGGAUUGUUCUGUGUAUGUUGUUCUCUUUGUUAGGCGACUUGACGAAAUGGAGCAUUCAGGCUGAAGGAAAGUGUUUAUAGUAAUAAAUUAUUUUUUAAAACCG